UCAAGAUGGCUGCCAAAGAAAAAUCACUGGCCAAAAUAAUUUUGUAAAAUAACACUGUCUCCUGAAAACUAGCUUCAAAUUAACUAUUGCUAACGCUACUUUUUAAAAUCAAAAAAUCAACCAUGGCAAAUCUAGGUUCUUAUAUAUCGACCGUGCGACAAACAARGAAUGUUUUCAGGUCGUUUUCUGCACUCCGUAACGUCCGACUUUGUAGUGUUUUGCUUGAUCGAAAAGCAAGAUGUUACUCAACUACUUUAGAAGGGAAAACWGUUCGUAUUGGUUGUGCUUCGGGAUUCUGGGGUGAUUCAGCAAUGGCAGCACCUCAGCUUGUACGUGGAGGAAAACUGGAUUACUUAAUGUUUGAUUAUCUAUCAGAGAUUACAAUGUCAUUGUUGACUGCAGCUAAACACAAAUCACCAAACAUGGGUUAUACUCCAGAUUUCAUUGAAGUAGCAAUUAUUCCACUAAUCAAAGAAAUCAAACAACAAGGUAUCAAAUUGAUUAGCAAUGCAGGAGGGGUCAACCCUGAAGCUUGUGCCAAAGCUGUGAUGGCUGCUGCAAAAGCCCAAGGAAUUGAUGUAAAGAUUGCAGUCGUAAGCGGUGAUAACAUGAUUGACAGAAUUGAUGAAGUGGCACAGCAUGAUGUCAAGGAGAUGAGCUCUAGAGAUGAGUUUCCAUCAAGUGUUGUCAGUAUGAAUGCRUAUUUAGGUGCCAUGCCUAUUGCAAGAGCUUUGGAUCAUGGUGCAGAUAUAGUUAUAACUGGAAGAUGUGUAGAUAGUGCGCUUGCAUUAGGGCCUCUAAUACACGAGUUUGGUUGGAAACCAAAUGAGUAUGAUAAGCUAGCAGCAGGCAGCCUGGCUGGUCAUCUCAUUGAAUGUGGUGCACAGUGUACUGGUGGGAUAUCAACUGACUGGCAAAUAGUUUCAAACUGGGAAAACAUUGGGUAUCCAAUAGCAACCUGUGSUUCUGAUGGCAGAUGCAUCAUCAGUAAACCACCAAAUACUGGAGGAUUAGUUUCUCCAACUACAGUCGCUGAACAGCUGGUUUAUGAGAUAGGUGAUCCUACAAAAUACRUUUUACCUGAUGUKAUCUGUGACUUYUCACAAGUCAAAAUACAAGGCCUUUUGGGAUAUGAUGGAGGGGGUGUUAUGGUGCAAGGCGCAACAGGUGAAGCACCCACUGACAAUUAUAAGGUUUGCGCGACUUAUGCUGAUGGUUUUCGUUCAACUGCCGUCUGCCCUGUUGGAGGCCCAUUUUCAUCACUAAAAGCCAAACGUGUAGGRGAUACUAUUAUAAAAAGAACGCGCCAAAUAUUUAAAGCAAUGGGACUUGAGGACUACACCAGAACACAUGUACAGGUGAUUGGUUCAGAAGAGUCUUACGGUAGACACGCAUUCCCAAGCGUCAUGUCAGCGGGUCCACGAGAAGCCGUCCUGUGGUUAGCUGUACAUCAUCACCAGAAAAAAGCAUUAAGCAUUUUUGCGAGAGAAAUUGCUUCUGCUGGGACUAGCAUGGCCCCAGGAUUUACUGCCAUUGUUGGAGGUCGACCUAGAGCGUCACCACUACUAAGACUUUAUUCUUUCCUGUAUCCAAAAGACAAAUUUAAGAUUGACAUUCAAAUCGAUGAUCAAGUUGUAGAGACAAUGGAACCAGAACAACUCGCUGAGUCAACACCUAAACWGGCAACAGACGAACAAAGAACACAUGUCCUUCCCGCUAGAAUAAGAAUGCCUAAGGGUAGGUGUACCUUUCCACUAAGCUCACUGGCUGUCACAAGAAGCGGUGAUAAAGGCAACAGUGUGAAUAUAGGUGUAAUCGCCCGUCAUCCUUCAUAUGUGCCAUUUAUUCGAAGAGCUCUGACAGAAGAAGAAGUGGAGAAGUUUUUUAUGCACCUAUUUGACACCAAACCAGAAGAAGGGAAAUGCCGCGUUAAAAGAUAUGAACUUCCAGGAAUUAACGCUUUUAACUUUGUUAUCGACGAGGCUCUUGGCGGUGGGGGUGUGACGUCAUUACGAAGUGAUCCUCAGGGCAAAGCGCUGGGACAAAUGAUGCUGGAUUUUAAGAUCAAAAAUGUCCCUGACAUACUUCCAUCUAUUAUUGAACCAACAUUAUAAAUGAYACUUGUUGUUAUUGCAAGUCAACCAAUGAACAAAAUAAAGGCACGACGGAGCUUUUUGGAGSCGCAUUGUAA